AUGCCCUUCGGCUACUACUUCAGUUACUUUGUUGUUUUGUCCCGCUGUGUCCUUGCCAUUGUCUGGCUCGGUGUGCAAACCACGACUGGAGGUCAAUGCAUGACCGUUCUACUGACCGCCAUCUGGCCGAGCUUUGCCAACAUCCCGAAUCACAUUCCUGAAUCUGAGGGUAUCACCACUGCAGGCAUGUGUGGAUUCGUGCUCUACUUCCUCCUUCAGCUUCCCUUCUUGUGUAUCCCGUACACCAAGGUUCAAUACUUCUUUGCCUUCAAGAGUAUCAUCGCCCCGAUCGUGUUCCUGGCCGUCUUUGGCGACACAUUGCACAAGGCCGGUGGAACAAUCAGCCACAGCACUGUGAUUUCCAAGGGCACUACCAUUCACGGUGCCACUUUGGCAUGGGCCUUCUUCAAUAGUGAGCGAGGCAGUUCCGAUCUUAACGGAGUCUUGGGUAACUACUCCACGCUCGGUCUCAACAUCGCCGACUUUUCGAGAUAUGCCAACAAGCCUAGCGCUCAAAACGUGCAAGCCAUCGUCAUCCCCUUUAUCUUCACCAUUGUCGGCCUUCUGGGCAUUUUCACCGCAGCUGCUUCCCAAUCUGCGUACGGUGAGGUUCUCUGGAACCCCAUCGAUAUUAUUAACCUGUGGAUGAAAUCUGGUUCCUCUGGUGGGCGUGCUGCAGCUGCCUUCGCCGCCAUUGGCCUGAUUAUCGUUACGCUUGGUAUCAACAUUUCCGCCAACUCAAUUAGUGCCGCCAAUGAUUUGAUGGCUUUUGCUCCCCGGUAUAUCAACAUCCGACGUGGUCAGAUUCUCGCCGCCGUAAUUGGUAGCUGGGCUUUUGUUCCGUGGAAAAUCCUGGCAUCGGCUCAAAAGUUCAUCGCCUUCCUCAACGGCUAUACGAUUUUCUUGGGUCCCAUGACCUCUAUCCUCAUGACAGACUACUACAUUCUCCGCCGCGGCAAAGUCUCGGUCCCAGACAUGUACGAUUUCCAUGGCAUCUACCGCUACUCGCAGAAAUGGGGAACCAACUGGCGUGCUGUGGUUGCCUUCUUCAUCGGCUGCACUCCUCCUCUUCCUGGCUUCAUCGAUAACAUUGUCCAAGCGGGCGGUGGCCAUACCGGUGUCUCGCUAGGAGGUCAACACCUCUUCUAUAUCGGCUAUGUCUAUUCUUUUAUAUCUGCUGGCGUCUUCUACUAUAUCCUCAACCACUUUUUCCCAGCCCCUGAAAGCAUGGUGGAGUUUGCUAUAACUGGAGAGGACAUUAUUGCUGCUCAGGACGCUAAGAACUUGGAAAAGAAGCACGGCGGGUUUUCAAGUAAGGAGUCUGCCUAG